CGAGUGCUACAUCAGGGGAAUGAUGCGUACACAUGCUAGCCUCGAAAAGGUAUCGGCGGCGGCGAACGAAGCAGGGGCGAAAGCUGGAAGCAGAAGGGCCCUGACUUCCCACAGCCAGGUCCACUCGCGAGAUACAAGAAUGCCGCCGGCCUCUUCAGGAUUCGAAUCCGACUGCAUGCACACAGCGAGGGGAGCGGAGUCAGACACGAUGAUAACGGCCAGGGAUAUGCACACCUCGAGAACGGACGACUACCUGUCGGCCGUAGAGCCCAACACAUGCCGGAGUAUGGGCACUCUCUUCGAGGUACUGUAA